AUGGUUCGCACCUUGCCGUGGAAGCGGAGAGAGCGACUUCUCCAGGAAACCUCGGGGCCAGGUCGCUCGACAUCUGGCCGACAACCAAAGCCAAAAGAUCAGGGCUUGGAUGACGACAAAGACUCAACGAUCGCAUCGGCCUCUAGAAAGGGGGGAACAAGGCCCACUCUAAGGUCCACAUCAACCUCUCCACCUCCCCAACCACUCCAGGAAAGCUAUAUGAUUGAUGGCCCUGACGAUGAUGAUCGAUAUAGGAUGGUUGAGGACGAGUUCCUAGCAACUGCCCAACUAUUCACUGCUCAUAUGCAUGCCGCUGAGUAUCAACGGCUCAAAGCAGCGUCGAGAUCCGAGAACGCGGAGACUAUCAGAGAUAUAUCGCGACCUGUCGUUGGACGGAUGACCGAUCUGGUGAGGAAGAAGCAGGAACGAAAGGCACGCAUGGCGAACCAGAAGCUCGCGACCGGCAAAGUGCUAGCCGCUCAAGGCCGCAGCGAUGGCAACGGCGGCAGCAGUGAAGAUGACGAUUCCCCACGAAACGAAUCUCUUUAUGGACUCAUGGAGAGUCCAAAGAAGCAAGCAACGCGCCUAGAUGGCUUGAUGCCGACCACGAUGGCGACCCGUGCAGCUGCCGGAUUCACCAGGCCACGAACAAUCAUUGCACCCACCACGGCCCAGCCGACUUUCGGUCAACUUCCAGGUAGCAGACCUCGACCUGAGCCCAAGUCUGAAGAUCCUGAGCUGGAUGAUGAUGAUCUGGAAGAUGCGAGCACUUCGCGCACGGUACGUCCGUUUCGGGCCGCUGUGCAGUCUAAACCUCAACCACAAAGGUCCCAGCCAUUGCAUUCAGUCGCAGGACAAAAACAAGCAUUGAGGCCUGCAGUGAAGGACGCUAGAUCUACAGAGCUUGCGACCUCUUGCAAGGCCACCGGAGAAAGCGAUUCCUCAGACGACGAUGGACUCGAUUUUGUGAGUCGCUUAAAGAAGCAACAGGAAGAACGCAGGCACAGCUGGGAGCAACGAAAACCAGCAGCCAAAGCCAAGCCAAAGGCAUCAUCGGCCGACAUUGUUCCUGGGUUUCUAUGA